AUGGCCGACUCGAGCGCCCCCGCCCCCGCCCCGCCCACCGAGGCCGUCGCCAACAUGCACCUCGACAGCGUCACCGGCGAGAUGGUUUCCAAGAGCGAGCUCAAGAAGAGGCAGAAGAACCGCGAGAGGGACGCCAAGAAGGCUGAGAAGGCCGCUGCCGCCCCUCCCAAGCCCGUCGCCGCCAAGAAGGACAACGCCGAGGCUGACGAGAAGGCCCUCGACCCGCGCCAGUACUUUGAGAUUCGCUCGCGCGCCAUCAACAAGUGCGCAUCGCCCCCAUCCUUGUCAACAUCUGAGCUUCGCUUGCUGACCAGUCCAGGCUGCGCGAGAACAAGUCUCCCGACCCUUACCCCCACAAUCGACUAUGACGUCCGCAAGUUCACCACCGAUUUCGGCCACCUCAAGUCCGGCGAGCACAACAAGGACAAGAUCCUCCGCGUCGGCGCCCGUAUCUACAACAAGCGCGCCUCGGGCUCCAAGCUCGUAUUCUACGAUGUCCGCGUCGAGGGCGUCAAGGUCCAGGUCAUGUGCCAGGCCCAGGAGGUCACCGGCGACGUCUCGUUCGACGACCAGCACCUGCACCUUCGCCGCGGUGACAUCAUUGGCAUCGUCGGCUACCCCGGAAGGACAGCGCCCAAGUCCAAGCUCGAGAAGGGCGAGGAGGGCGAGCUCUCCAUCUUCGCGACCGAGAUCAAGCUCCUGACGCCCUGCCUGCACAACCUGCCCGACGAGUACUACGGUCUCAAGGACCAGGAGGAGCGUUUCCGCAAGGACUUUGUCGAAGUCGAGACCCCCCAGAUGAACGCCAUUGCUGGUAUCGCCCCCGAGCUGUACCUCAAGGAGCUUGUCGUCGGUGGCCUGAACCGCGUCUACGAGAUUGGACGUCAAUUCAGGAAUGAGGGCCUUGACCUCACCCACAACCCCGAGUUCACCACUUGCGAGUUCUACGAGGCGUACGCCGAUGUCUACGACCUGAUGAACACAACCGAGGACCUUGUCAGCGGCCUCGUCAAGCACCUCACCGGCGGCUACAAGACCCAGUUCCACACGCAGACCGGCGAGGUCUACGAGGUCAACUGGGAGAAGCCCUGGAAGCGCUUCGAGAUGAUUCCCGAGCUCGAGAAGCAGACGGGCGAGAAGUUCCCACCCUCGGACCAGCUGCACACCGCCGAGACAAACGAGUUCCUGCGCGGCGUCCUCAAGAAGAUGAAGCUCGACUGCUCGCCCCCGCUCACCAACGCCCGCAUGAUCGACAAGCUCGUCGGCGAGUACAUCGAGGAGCAGUGCGUCAGCCCCAGCUUCAUCUUUGGCCACCCGCAGGUCAUGUCGCCCCUGGCCAAGUACCACCGCUCCAUGCCCGGCCUGUGCGAGCGCUUCGAGGCCUUUGUCUGCAAGAAGGAGAUUGUCAACGCGUACACCGAGUUGAACGACCCCUUUGACCAGAGGCUGCGCUUCGAGGAGCAGGCCCGCCAGAAGGACCAGGGCGACGACGAGGCGCAGAUGAUUGACGAGAACUUCUGCAUGUCUCUCGAGUACGGUCUCCCCCCCACCGCCGGCUGGGGCAUGGGCAUCGACCGCAUGGUCAUGUUCCUAACCGACCACUACACCAUCCGCGAGGUCCUCGCCUUCCCCUUCAUGAAGGACGACACGCAGAAGCCCCAGCCGAAGCUCGCCGCCGAGGAGGUCGGCAUCGAGCCCCUGCCCGUCGAGGGCAUCGGUACGUCACCCGCAGCGUCUUGGCGCAAUCAUAUGCCAUGA